AUGGAUCUCUCCCUUGAUCCAGAUGCAUUGCACAAGGAGUCCUGGCUGUUUGCGUUCACAGCACUGGAAGUUUUUUGCUUGGGGAAGGUCCUGUGGCUGGCGGCGUUGCGUUGGCAAUCCCUUCGUGGCUUAGCGACUCGAUGUGGGUGUUGGUUCAGGACCCAGCAGGGUCAAGAGCAAUUUAACCGAGAAGAAUGGAAGCUGAUUUACGAUGGAGUGCGGCAGAGCCGCUGUUCCCUUGCUAUGAUUGUCAACAAUUUCCUUCUGGCGAUUUGGCUGCUCAACUGUAGUUUUGUGCAGCUGAACUUGUUAAUUGGCUCUCACCAAAGAUGGAUGUCUGCACAACUGGCAUGGUUGAGCAUUGUCUGUGCUUCCUUCUUCUGCGCUGGAUUCCUGGCGCCACGUGUCAUCCGCCCGGGUACGCUUGAUGCCUGGUUUGUGGUCGGCAUGAUUCUUAGCACGCUGAUUGUGGCUCCCAUGGUUGCCACUCUGUCUCAAAGCUUGCACCUGUCCUUCUUCAUCCUGGCUGCGAUUCGUCUGCCGGCAGUUUUGGUUUGCACACGCCCCUGGCUGGUGUUCGUGUGCAACCUGGGGCCGUGCCUUCUGAUGCAGCUGCGAGUUCUGACACACAGCAACUCCACAUUCAGCUUGUGCGACUUCGAGCUCAGCCGGCUCAACGCAGUGAUCUUUGAGACCUUCAAUUUGGUGCUUACGCUUUUGGGAUCCUUGGCAGUAGAGCGAGCAUUGCAGAACCGGGUGAAGCAAGGCAUCCUGAUAAGGAGGGCUGCCACCGAACUGACUGCGGCAUCUUCCCUGCUGGCGCUCAUAUGCGAUGCAGUGGUUGAGUUGGACCAGGAUUUGCGGCUCACUACCCCUGCUCCUGAGCUUAGUGCCAUACUCUUGAGGGACACGAGCAUGUCGCUGCAAGGGAAGCUUUUCACCGAGCUGAUGCCCACCACUGCGGAGACCCAUCGCGCAGAGGAGCUUCUGCGAGGGGACGACCCCGACGCCGCUUGGCAGAGCGAUGAACGUGCAGUCUGGACGAGCGCCUUCCACACUCGCAUCAUGGACAGCUGCCAAAGCAAGUUUCGCACGGAGGUUUUUCACGUGAGGUAUCGCCGUCUCGAUGGCCGCACCUGCCACCUGAUAGGCCUCCGAGACAUCACGGACCAAGCUUCCUUGGCAGGUCGAAAUGCAAUGGACAGCACUGGAAGUGAAGGAGUUUAUUGCGCUCCGCAAGACAGAGGCAGGCUGGUUGAUGAUCAACUCGAGUCACUGGACACUCAGCGCGCAGUUUUCCUACAGCUUGACAUGGAGCAGUUGCAGGUCGUCUCGGCAUCAGUUCAUGCGACCUGGCUUGCUGGAAGGCAUUUGCGAGAGCUGUUCGGGCAAGCGGAGCUGAACUUCCUGCAGCAGGUAUAUCUUCAGGUGCAGGAGCUCGACAAGCAGAAGGCUCUCGAGAACAAAGAGCUGAACUUUGGGAAUCUGGAGCUGCAGUGGGACAGUCGCAACUGUCUUCACAUCUCUGGUGCCAUCGAGGUCCUAAGGGUACGAAGAAACCAAAGCAGCCUCGGCCUGCUCCUUCACUUCGCCGUUCCAGACCUUCAAAACGAGCCACUCCAUGCACCAAAAGCUCUGUACCGCCCCCCUUCAUCCCGUGCUUCCUCUCGCUCCUCUCGAUCCUCCCGCUCCUCUCGCUCCUCCCGCUCGGCUAGGAAACGGCUUGCUGCAAGCCCUGCAGACAUUGGUGCAACAAAAGCCCGUGCAGUGGCAUCACUGUGA